AUGCUGGAUGACCAAACCCCUGUGGAGGCCCAGUAUGCAGAGGAGGGCCCAGGACCUGAGAUCAUCAGAGCAGAGCCAGGAGACCAGCUAUGGAGGCCUGAGACCCAGCAGCAACCCAUCUCUCCGGUGGGGCGCUGGUGCUCUGUGCGACACAGCUGUGCACUGCUGGGAUGCUUGGGGCUGCUGGCUGGUGUGGGCGUUGGCUCAUGGCUUCUAGUGUUAUAUCUGUGGCCAGCUGCCUCUCAGCCAGCUUCUGGGACUUUGCAGGAUGAGGAGAUAGUGUUGAACUGCUUGGGGGACAGCAGUGAGGAAGUCCUUCUCCCCUCACCUUCCAAAUCAGUAUCUUUCAGAAUAAACACCGACGACUUCUUGUUGGAAGUGCAGGUGAGGGCCCGGCCAGACUGGCUCCUAGUGUGCCAUGAGGGCUGGAGCUCAGCCCUGGGGAGGCUGGUCUGCCAGAGCCUUGGGCAUCUCAGACUCACUCACCACAAGGGUGUGAACCUGUCUGACAUCAAGUUCAACAGCUCUCAGGAGUUCGCUCAGCUCUCUCCUAGACUGGGAGGAGGCCUUCUGGAGGAGGCAUGGCAACCUAGGAACAAUUGCAUUUCUGGCCGAGUUGUUUCCCUCAAAUGCUCUGAGUGUGGGGCAAGACCCCUGGCUUCCAGGAUAGUCGGUGGGCAGGCUGUGGCUUCUGGGCGCUGGCCAUGGCAGGCCAGUGUGGCCCUAGGCUCCCGACACACAUGUGGGGGAUCUGUGCUGGCGCCACAAUGGGUAGUGACUGCUGCACAUUGCAUACACAGUUUCAGGUUAUCUCGCCUGUCCAGCUGGCGGGUUCAUGCUGGGCUGGUCAGCCACAGUGCUACCAGGCCACACCAGGGCGCUGUCGUGGAGAGGAUCAUCCCCCACCCGCUCUACAGCACCCAGAACCAUGACUAUGACGUCGCCCUCCUGCGGCUCCGGACCCCACUCAACUUCUCUGACACUGUGGGUGCUGUGUGCCUACCAGCCAAGGAGCAGCGUUUCCCCAGGGGCUCACACUGCUGGGUGUCUGGCUGGGGCCACACUGACCCCAGCCAUACACACAGCUCUGACACCCUCCAGGAUACAGUGGUGCCCCUGCUCAGCACCCAGCUCUGCAACAGCUCUUGUAUGUACAGUGGGGCCCUCACACCCCGCAUGUUGUGUGCCGGCUACCUGGAUGGGAGGGCAGAUGCGUGCCAGGGGGAUAGUGGAGGUCCCCUGGUGUGUCCAGAUGGGGGCACAUGGCGCCUGGUGGGGGUGGUCAGCUGGGGCCGAGGCUGUGCAGAGGCCAACCACCCAGGAGUCUACGCCAAUGUAGCUGCCUUCCUGGACUGGAUCCACGACACUGCACAGGUGAGUUUAGGGGCAGUGCUGGUGUGUGGGUUUCAGAAAGACCUGCUCCUUGAAAACUGUGAACACCCAUAG